UAUACAUUUUAGAACUGUCGAUUACUAAAAUGACAUUUGCCCCGCGACGCGAAACUUGACCAAAGAGCGUGAAUGUGAAUACACGCGCCGGCAUUCACCAACCGCGAGAUUGAUGGAUCUCGUAAAUUCCCUUUCGCGGCGCGCACGGAUCGAUCGACCGAGCCUACUGACUGUCAUAACCAAGUCAUCAAGAUGCCGACGGCAAUGCAUCCGCAGGCCAAGUUUGAUCCAAUCCCGCCAGAUCUGGAUCUUCACGCUCUCGUCGAUGGCUCCCCCAACUUCGACUGGGUCGUCCGUAUAUCUCUGCCACAGAUCAGGAGGCUCGGAUCGACUGGUUUCGAGAAGCUAGUCCAGCUCCAUGUAAUAGAAGGCGGACGACCGCUGGUCAUUGAAGGCUGGAACCGACUUCUCCCUGAAUCCAUCUUUAGUGCAAAAUGGCUCGAGCAAACGUACAACAAGAAGCAGGAGAACGUCCGCGAUCUUUGUACACAAUCGGACAUACCCAUGACCAUGGGUCAUUACCUCCGAUCAAUGCGACAACUCACUAAUCAGUGGAGUCCUACGAAUUUCCGUGAUGAACGUCGUCAGCGGCUAUACCUCAAAGAUAUCGACUGUCCUCCUGAAUGGUUCGAACACUUGCGCAAGAUUAUUCCACCAAACGUCCUCUACAUGAACGAAAAUGUCAGCGAGAACAACGGCGCUGACGUGCGCCCAGACGAUGACAUCUUUGGCGCAUCCGAAUCCAGCGCUGCGGUUGCCGGCGAUCUGAUGAGCUGCUUGCCAGAAGAGAUGCGUGCACAAAACCUCAUGUGUUACAUCGGGCAUGAGGGCACGUACACUCCAGCACACAAGGAGAUGUGUGCCACCUUGGGACAGAACAUCAUGGUGGAGGCUUCGGGCAGCGAAGAUGGUAACAAGCCUGGAAGCUCCGUCUGGUUCAUGACCGAGACCAAAGAUCGUGAAGUUGUUCGCGAAUAUUUUCUAUCUAUGCUCGGCCACGACGUUGAAAUCGAGAAGCAUUUCGCUCAAAUCAAUGCUUGGAAGAAAGCCAAUUUCCCAGUAUACGUGGUAGAACAAAAAGUGGGAGACUUCAUUCUCAUUCCCCCACUUGCACCGCAUCAAGUCUGGAACCGGGGCACACGGACAAUGAAAGUAGCCUGGAACCGUGUAACUCCCGAGACUUUGGACCUUGCGUUACACGAAGCGUUGCCGAGAUCCAGACUUGUCUGUCGAGAUGAGCAAUACAAAACAAAGGCCACCGUAUAUUAUGCCCUGGAAAAGUACUACAAAGAGCUACAGAGCGCAGAGGACAGCGCAGAAUCGAGUCUUUUGGGCUUGGGACGGGAAUUGGCCAACUCACCCCGCUUGAAACAAAUCGCUGGUGAUUUUCGACGCCUCUUUGGUCUCUUCACCGAAGUACUCGUCGAUGAAAUGUUUGGUUACAAGCAAGUUGGAACUGAGUUUAUUGAGUUCGAUUCAAACAUCACAUGUUCUUACUGCAGAUCCAACAUCUUCAACCGUUUCUUGACGUGCAAAUGCUGCGUCCGACAACUAAUCAACGGAGACGAGGACACAUACGAUGUUUGUAUGGAAUGCUAUGCGAUGGGUCGCUCGUGUGUCUGUGUCUCUGGGCUCCAAUGGUGUGAGCAAUGGCAAUGGUCUGAUCUUGUAGACAAGCAUGAGAUGUGGCGUGCUAUGGUCAUCAAGCAGGACGGUUUUGUAGAUCUGGAGUAUUCUCCACAACCACUGGAGCUUGCCCGCAAAAAGACCGGAAAGAAGUGUGUUGCACAGAUCUGCCAAGAACAAUUGAGACGCAGGCCAUGGAAUGAUAUCACGAAGCCAGCCGUUAACGACACGCCCCAAGAAUCUGAGGCAGAACCAGAAGUAGAUGACGAGGGCCGUAUCAGGAAGAAGAAGAAACCGUCACGCAAACCAAAGAAGGGCGAUACAUAUCGCUGCCAUGUCUGCUGCCACAAAGAUUACACCUACCGGUUAAACUACUGUACCACGUGCCAAGAGGCAUAUUGCUACGGAGUUCUGUUCAGGGCGUUCGAUACUAUGCCGCAGGCUGCCAUGGAGCAAGAAAAUUGGCAAUGUCCAAGAUGCCUUGGAAUUUGCAACUGUGGCUCGUGCAAACGAACAGGAAACACGAAACCGUACGUGCCAAAGUCGACACUUCUUGGACAUGAUACACGGAAAGUGGCAGAUGACCGGAGCGUUGAGUCAAUUGUAGACUUCCGUAUUCACAAUCUGGGAUGGCUUAAAGGGGCUGGUGAAGAGACGCGUGGCGCAAAUACGAAAAGAAUGUUGAGAUUGAAGGAACAAGCAGAUGCGGAGAAGGCGAGGGAUCCUCUGGUGGCGCUCGACGCUGCGGACGAUGCGCCACGCGAUAUGGAUUCAGCGCUGCAAGCUUCUGUAACGAGCGGCGAAAAUUCUCACGGCUUCACACCUGUUAAUGGAGACGCUAAUGACCAUCAGGUACAAAUGGCUGAUAUGGGUCACCAGAAUGUCGAAGGGAACUCAGCAUAUCCUGACCCGACGUAUCCUAGUCCCUCAACAGGUGGCCGUAUGAUGGGUAUGGGCUUCUACGAUCAGGAGAACAGCGCAGAUCCGAUUCUGUUCGACGCUUUUCAAAUGCCUUCAGCCGAAGCCCUUGAGAAUGAGCCCGAGGUAUCCGAGUUCGUCAAGAAAACGCUUCGGAUGGCCAAACGCAAAGCCAGACUGGAAACAAAUGAUGAUCCUGACUUUCAAGGUCCGAGGAGCCAUCACCGUAAGAAGCUGAAGACAGGCAACAUUGAUCAGCUUGUCAAUCUGGAUCCUGCUUUAUUAGGCACACUAGGAGACCCGAGCGGCAGCCAAAGAGCGACGUCUACGCGUCCCGAGGUCAGUUCUGCCGAAGGACACACCGCUCAUGAGGCUCGCAGCGAACAGCCCGGCACAGUAGAGAAGCCCAAACAAAAGCCCGUCCGAACACAAUUGCCAAGAGAUCCGCUUCGACCGCAGCUGCGGCAUGCUAAGCCAGCACAAUCAUAUGUAGAAGCCGAAGAUGUUGGCGAGGACCCGGAAGACAUAGUUCCUGUUGAUUUGGUCAAGCUCGUUGGUACCGAGAAUGAGCCCAGCGCAACCAACAACCCCGUCGACUUGGCCGCAGAGGCCAUACGUACCCUCACACACCAAGACGGAAUGUCAUAUUCACGAGCAUCACAGCAAGCCAAAAAGCGUGGCCCGGGCCGACCGCCAGCACUUCCACGACCGUGGGCCCCGGCUGUUGCACCGGAGUCAACAGUCGUGGCCCCUAGACGGGGGCGGCUAUCUGAUGCCAGGCCACCAAGGGAGUCAAAUGGAGACAGUACCCAUGACGGCGAAGAUACAGCAAUGGAUGUUGUCCCAACAACUUCAAAUGGUGCCGCUGUGGAAGUCGACGGUCUCGAGGCCGAGCUGGGGGCUGCUCUAAUGCGUGGGGGUGAUAACGGUAAGGUGCAGGUUCCGGACCCAUCCUUAACUGUCCCAUCAAUGAAGCGAAGAGGACGUCCACCGGGCAGGAAGUCUAUGCCUGCUACAGCUGUAGAGGUCGAGGCUGAACCGAUGACUCUACCAGCUGCGCCAAGAAUGAUGUCUAUGGCAGAGAAAAUGGCGGCGCGGAAGAGGGGAUUCAAGAUGGGCAAAACUGGUGGCCGUCCAAGCCUCUCUGGCAAUUCGUCGUCCGCAACAACUACGGCAAAUGAACUGAUAAAGGCACCUCCGAAGCCUGUGAGUGGUGCGGCAGCGUCUGUAUCUAGCGGACUGCGUGAUCGAAAGCAUAUACGAGAUAACAAGUCCCAGGCUGCUCCCGAAGGAUCCUCUUCUGAUGAAUCUUCAGACCAUGAUAAAGAAGCCGCACGCAGACCAGUCAGAAACGCGACUGGAUUCACUGUUGUAAGGAUGGAAGAGUCAGAUGAUAGCUUUAGCUCGUCCGAAAGUGACAGUGUUUUUGAUGAUGAUGACGAAGAUGGCAUACCUGCGAAGCCUACAUUCACUGUUUCCAGAGGAAGAGGCAGGGGCCGAGGAGUAGGUAGAGGCCGUCCUAAAGGCCGUGGCCGCGGCCAUGGCUGAUCGCCCAUCUGCUGCAAAAUGAGCAUGGCUUUGUUCAUCAGAUACUAUGAAGGCACUGAAAGGUUGCCUCCCCCGACAUGGUCUGCUAUAGGAAUUGGAGUCAUGUUUUGGCAGCAUAGGCUAGAUACCCAUAAUAGUUCGAUCUUUGUGAAGUCAGUAUGUAAUUAAAUUCAUGGAAUGCAUAUGG